UCCCGCUACUCCGGUUUGCUGUGUAUAUCACCUGCUGCCACUGCAGCCGAGUGAGAGCAGCGCACGAGAGGCAGCUGGAUGACUGGACAGCUUUACAAAGAAGAAGCAGAACAAGAGAAAUUGUGAAGAAGAGCAGAAGCUGUGUGUCUUGUCACCUCGCGACAUGUCUUGGUCGACGUCAGAGGACCCGCUCACCCACGAGCUGAGCUGUCCCAUCUGCCUCCAGCUCUACUCUGAUCCGGUGGUUCUCCCCUGUGGACACAACUACUGCCGAGCUUGCAUCUGCAGGAGCACCGACGCCACGGCGGCCAACAGCAACGUGCGUCCACGCUGCCCGGAGUGCCGCCGCGAGUAUCAGGGUGUGGAAUCCCUGCAGAGAAACUUCAAACUCCGUGGCAUCAUUCAGAGUUACCAAGCCGCCGCGUCGCAGCUGGGCCGACGGGCCAGCGAUGGCGAGCCGGCCUCGGCGACGGGGAACCUGUGCGACCACUGCAUUGACAUCCAGACUCCCGCGGUGAAGACCUGCCUGAACUGCGACGUCUCGCUCUGCUUGAGGCACCUUCAGAAGCACCAAGAGAAGGAGACCUUCAGGUCCCACAGAGUGGUGGGGCCAGACGAGGAGCUGGGGGUCACUCGCUGCCUCGUCCACCGACGUCCCCUUGAGUACUUCUGCUCCAACGACAUGACCUGCCUGUGUUCAGCGUGUUUCGUAGAGGGUCACCACAGGGACCAUGACAUUCUCACCUUAAGCGUGGCCGAGGAAGAGAUGAGGCGAGCGCUGGAGAACUGCAACAAGGUGGUUUCCAGCAGGCUGCACCUGACAGAGAAGUUCCUGCAGAGAACGGCGGAGGAGCAGGGAGCCUCUGAGGCAGUCGGAGACAAGCUGGUCAACAGAGCCGUCAUGCUCAUGGACAGCAUGGCGGCACUCGUGGACAGAUACAAGGAGCGUCUGAGCGUGCUGUUGGAGGAGGAGCGAGGGCAGCGCAGGAAGAGCUGGCAGCUCGGAGUGACGACGCUGGAGGAGCAACAGCAGCAGCUGAUGGAGGCCCACAGGAGCGUUGAAGAGACCCUGAACGAGACAGACACCAGCGCCUUCAUUCAGAGGUUCAUGCAGAUCGAACAAAAGCUGAGAGAGGUCGUCACAGCCACCAUUCCCUCCUCGGUCCCCUCCAAGGCUCCGGUCAACACCAAACGUCUCCAGGCGGGCCUCAAAACCCAAGACUUCCGCUCAGAAAUGACCCGCCUGGUGGAAUCUCUUCACAUCCUCCUCAACCCCCUGGAGCUCACCUUCAACGUCUCCACCGCCCACCCGUCGCUGCUGGUGUCCAACGACCGGCGCACCAUCAAGUACAGCUCGGUCAAGCAGAUGCACGCCGAGAACUCGGAGCGGUUCACGAGCGCGCCCCAGGUCCUGUGCAGCCAGAGCUUCCAGAGCGGCGGGCACGUGUGGGUGGUGGAAGUGGGGCCCCAGACCAUGUGGUCGCUGGGCGUGUGCUACAAGAGCAUCCCCCGCCGCGGCGACCACAGCCGUCUGGGCCACAACUGUGUGUCCUGGAGGAUUCAGUGGAAAAACGGCAAGCUGACGGUGUGCCAGUCCUCCUGCAACGUGGCCCUGGGGGAGGUAACCAGUCAGCCCACCAAGAUCGAGGUGGCGCUGGACUAUGAAGGCGGGACGCUGGCGUUCCACAGCGUCAAAGGGCGCAGGGAACACCUCCACACUUUCAGGGCCGUGUUCAAGGAGCCUGUGUACCCUGUGUUCAGUAUUCAUUCAAACACACCGGAGUCCUGGAUCACACUGCACAGUGGCGUUUAAACACUCAUUUCUAUUACUGAUUGAAUUUACUUUUUACUUUUGUAUUUACCUUAUUUUUAUGCCUUUAAAAUCAUAAUUUUGUUUACCUGUGCUAAUUAUACCUAAUAAUCCAACCAUUGAACCUUUCUCUGACCAGGUUGUGCAUCACAGGAUUUAUUUAAACUAUGAAUGGUGAAUUGAAGGAAAUAUUAGACUGCAGGAAAGGGCUGUUACUCUCAAUGAUUGUUGAAAUGGAUGUUAUUUUUGUAGUAUUAAUAGGGUUUAGCCCAUAUAACAAACAUCUGGUCAAAGUUGGUGCACCUUGUUGAUGCAUUAAUCUCAAAAAUUUAAAUAUACUUCAAAUUCUAGUGUCUAUUUCUAGUCUAAGCUAGCAACUCACAUUUUUGUUUUGGAAAUAACUGCAGAAAUGGUGAAAUAUGUAUAAUUUUUCUUGGUUUGCAAGAGAUUUUAUUGCAUAAUUCCACACAAGGGCAGAUAUUUAAACUGGCAUUCAAGUCUUGCAAUCUUCAAUUCAGAAAUAUUUAUACAGCGUCAAAGAAAGGGUUAAUUUCUGGGCUAUGAUCUGCUGGCUGAAAAGAGCCAAAGUCAAAUUAUAACUUGUGACUCUUUAAAUGAAACUUUUAUCAUGCUUCUAUUUGAACAUCAAAAUAUCCUGUCGAUGGUGGGUGUUUUUUCUUCUUCUGUGUACUGUAGAUGUACGAACACUACAAAUAAACUUCCAUUAUUACUGUUAG